AUGAAUAAUACGUGUGCCAGGCAGCACACAAGUGUAGAUCCUUUGUUUCACCAAACGUCUACAGAGACGCCUGCGCCUAUUUCUGGCACGGUGGGUUGCUUCUGGACAGCAUGGCAACUGCUUUGUCGAUGGCUGCAGGACGCAGGUCGGCGAAACGCCGUCGCCGGCGAAGAAGGCAAGGCCAUGGUUGUUGAGAACGAUGAGGCACCUUCUGCGGCUCUUAGCUGCUUGGAGGUCGAUGCCGGAACAAUUGGCACCUUGCUGUGCAUCGGCUCGGUGUGGCUGAAGGUGCUAAGUUUCUGCAGUGUCCAUGAGGCCGCAUCGUCAGUGCCCUGCUGCACCGAGACGUUGGCAGGUGCACGUGACAGACGCGGCCGCUUACUCGCUGGCUCCGUCACGCUCUCGCGCGGAUGUGCUGCAAUGGAGCAGCUUGCCAGGAUUUCACCCCACUUACUCGUCAAGCUGAGCUUGCCCAGUCUGGCGUCCGGUGCGGAAAGUGAAGCAGUCUUGAAGAUGCUUGCGCAGAUGAGGGGUGAGCUCAGGGCGCUGAAGGAGGUUUCUGUGCACAUCGCCCCGCCGCGACUGCCGAGAGUCACGGGUGAGAGUCGUGAAGAUCGUACCCAGGCAGUGUCAGGUCUUGCCAGCGCCUUGUCAGCGGCGUUGCCGUGGUGUUUGGAUUCUUUUCAUGCAAACUUGCGCGGCGGGUGUCUUCUUGCGGACGAUUCUGUGCUAGCCGAACUCGUCAGUGUGACGCCCAAGCAUCUCACACGGCUUGGUCUAGACUUGAACUCCUUCAGCUGCAGAGAUGCCCAUGCUGUUGCACGAGUAAUUGCCAGAGUGACGGGGUUACGGGAACUUCGCCUGCUGUUCCACGGCCGUUCGUUUGCUUGGCUGGGCACCGGAACGGAGGAUACAGGUACAGAGGAGCUGGCAUCUGCGUUGCCAGCGGGGCUGAAGAAGCUGCACCUGAUGCUCGAGUCUUCUUGUCAGGGGGCCACCGCUCUUUGCAAGGCUUUGCCCGAGAGCCUGCAACAGCUGGCUUUAGACUUGCAAGUCACGGCGCAUCCCACGGCGGGUAGCACACUGGCACAGGCCCUGGCAGCAGCGCUUCAUGGCCUAACUGUCCUUCAGCUGCGGCUUGCCGAUUUCAACAUGAACCUGAGUGACCUCAGGAGCAUAGCCACGGCUUUGCCAAGCUCCUUGCGCGAUUUGCGCUUGGACCUGUGCUGUCGCGAUGUCGGUGAUGAUGGAGCCAGCACGCUUGCGGCCAACCUGCCCAAAGGGCUGGAGCGCCUUACGCUUUGUCUGCGGGACUGGCGCUUCACCGCUGUCGGGAUGAGAGUGCUAGCCGCUGCAGUUCCACGAAGCGUGAGGCAGCUGAAGCUGGUCGUGUCAAGUUCAGCCAUCGGUGUCAGUGGCGUUGGUGCCUUAGACCAUGCCCUCAUGUCCUGCAUCAUGGGGAGCCACAGUUGA